AUGGGAUACAUGAUGGACCAAAAGGGAGGUCAUUUAGGCAUUGGGUUUAAUAAGAAAGACCUUUUUAACCACAUUGAGCGAUAUAGACAUUCUAAAAUCCAAGAUGGGGAUGUUUUGGCUGCCUUAAGUUAUCUUCAAGGCAAGGCUGAUAAUGAUCCAAUGUUUUAUGCUAAAUAUAUGUUAGGAGACAAUGGAAAAAUGGAACAUUUGUUUUGGGCUGAUGGUACUAGUAGGUGUGACUAUCAAUGUUUUGGCGAUGUUGUUGCAUUUGAUAGUACCUAUAAGAAGAACAAAUACAACAAGCCUUUGGUAAUAUUUUCUGGAAAAAAUCAUCAUGGGCAAACUGUUAUUUUUGGUGCUAGUUUGAUUUCUGAUGAAACCACCGAUACUUAUAAGUGGGUGUUAGAAGCUUUUUUGGAAGCUAUGUCUCUUCAGCAGCCUAAGGGGGUAGUGACAGAUGGUGAUGGGGCUAUGAGGGAGGCAAUUAGGCAAGUAUUUCCUAUGGCAACACAUAGACUUUGUGCAUGGCAUCUACAAAAGAAUGCUUGUCAGAAUGUGAAGAAUUGCAAAUUUUUAGCUGAUUUUAAAAAGGCAAUGUAUGGUAAGUUUACCCCUGAAAAGUUUGAAACAUUUUGGAAGGAAAUGGUUAGCAAAAACCAGGUUGAAGGCAAUAACUGGAUUUUGCAAAC